GUAAGCAACAUAAUUUUCAUAAAAAUACAUUUCGACUUGGCAGAACUGCUAACACAACAAAUCUUGAAGAAAGAAACAAAGCCAUGGCUGCUAAGAUUAGCAGUAUUAGUACUGCAUCAUCAUUCUUCCUAGUUCUGUGUUUGAUCCUAGUUUUCACUUUGCCAUGCUUUUCUGAUCCGGACGAGCUACAAGACUUCUGUGUUGCUGACUUGAAUGCGAGAUCAACUAUGUUGAAUGGGUUUCCUUGCAAGAGGGUGUCCGAAGUUACAUCCGAUGAUUUCUUCUAUAGUGGCUUGAUGAAGGAAGCGAGCACGGCAAAUCUUUUAGGGUUUGGCGUGCGAUUUGGUGAUGUGAAUAACUUCCCUGGGGUAAACACCCUCGGGCUUUCGAUAAACCGAGUCGACUUCGCUCCUGGUGGAAAUGUCCCACUUCAUUCACACCCUCGAGCAAGUGAAGCUAAUUUUGUGCUAAAAGGAAAAGUUCUUGUUGGAUUCAUAAGUGGUAGUAAUGUUUUGUACUCCAAGGUUCUGAAAGCCGGUGAGAUGUUUAUUGUUCCUAAAGGACUUGUGCACUUUCUAAAGAACGUUGGAACGGGGAAGGCUGUGGUGAUAGCUGCUUUCAAUAGUCAACUUCCUGGAGCUGCACUACUUGCUAAUAGUCUCUUUGCUUCAAACCCAACAAUUCCCAAUGAUAUUCUGGCUAAGAACUUCCAAGUUGAUGGAAAUGUUAUCGCGACCAUAAAAUCUAAGUUUGGUAACCAAACAAAGUAAGUGAAUCACUAAAUGAGGUUCUUCCUUAUGAACAAUAUCGGUAUCUGUAAUUAUGUUUGUAAUAAUAAGAGACUCAAAUCGUCCCCUUGAUUUCUUCAUGAGUUGAAUUUCCUAAUUUGAGUUGAAUUUCCUAAUUUGAAUUGGA